UAAAAAUUAGAAAUAUUUAUUGUGGGUCGGUAAUAUUCGAUUUUAAUUUUUUCACUUUAAAAAUAGUAUUAUUAUUAGUCCAAAGUCAUGGACAAAAAUAAGUCACAAACAUUUAUUUUGAGUGUAAACGAUUUUGGCCAAAAAAUUUGUACGUCGCAGUCGGAGCCUAGCAAGAAGUAUAUUCUAGACGAUGAAGGUAAUAUGAGCGAAUACCAACCUGAGACUUCCAUUUGCGCUAUAAAAUUAGAAUCCCAAGGCAACCUUACGGAGGACGACAGUAACGAUAGUGCUCUUAGUGGGAGUAAUGAAGUAACGCAUUUGGAGGAUCCUACACAACUAGGUAUAAUGAAUUCCCUUGACGGUGUAUCAGAAUUCGAAGAGAACUUGAUGAACGAGUUAGACUCCGACUUCAUGAACAUGGUUCCCAACCCGCAUUCCCAAUAUAUAAUGCAACACAUGGACAUCCGAGAGCCACUAACGAAGCUACGGAAGCUCAUAGAAAACAGGUUAGGUGUUAGCUUGCAGAAUUACAGCUUUUCGUUGCAAGGAGCUCAAACGUUGGAGGAUCAUAAAAAUUUGGUGGAACAGUGUGUACAGGGCGAGGGAAUCGUACAGGUCAACGUGCAAGUACAAACUAACUUGAAACGCAUCAAUAUCAUCGACGUUCUUAAACCAGCAGAGGAUUACGUUCACAUGGGUAACGAAGACGUAGAGGAGGAGAAAACCCAACAGAAGGUGGAACAGCCCCAAAAUACCAAAACAGAGCGGCCUAAGAGUAUCGUGCAGUGGCAGGUCGACUUGAACUACAAACGAGAACAGGAACGGCUGAAAAUACCGUCAGAUCCAGAAGAUUGGAGUGCCGUCCACGUACGGCACUGGGUACAAUGGGCUGUGCGACAAUUCAACUUAACGAACAUAAAACUGAGCGACUGGUCGAUGACGGGACAGGAAUUGCACAAUAUGACGAUACAAGACUUUCAGAAGAUCGUCCCGAACGAUCCUGGAGAUGUCUUUUGGACCCAUUUGGAGCUGUUGAGGAAAAUGAAAGUCGUCGCUACGAAACGAGAGGAGUCUCCGAAACGGGCAAUGCCAAAGGUUGUCAGGCCAAAGGUAACUUACAAAAAAGACUUGAAAGUUCUGAAUUAUGCGACGGCCGUUCGUUAUUUGGACAUGGCUACGUACUCUUCCAGUGGUAAUAGGACGGGCAAUAACGGGCAGAUACAACUGUGGCAAUUUCUGCUAGAACUCUUAACGACUCAGGAAUACAAGUCCGUCAUCCAAUGGAUCGGGAAAGAGGGCGAGUUCAAAUUGAACCACCCCGAAGUUGUGGCACACCUGUGGGGCGAACGGAAGAAUAAACCGACGAUGAACUACGAAAAGCUAUCUAGAGCUUUGAGGUACUAUUAUGACGGAGAUAUGAUAUCAAAAGUGCAUGGGAAACGUUUUGUUUACAAAUUUGUGUGUGAUUUGAAGCAACUAGUGGGUUAUAGCGCCGUCGAACUGGCAAAUUUGGUGAAGUAUGGCAAUCCCAUGGGGGAGACGUAGGGAAUAGCGGGGAUUUUCGGGUUUGUGCUAGUUUUUUAGUUUGUUGUGUUUGGAAUGCAAAUUUGUGAUUACUGUGAUAUUAAAAAGAUUGUAUUAAAAUUAUUGAAUUGUACUGAAAAAAAAAAUGUAAUAUGUAAUUCAUA